AGGGACCCUCUGCAGGGACCAUGCGCGUCGCAUGGCCCGGGGCCAUGGCGCGCAGCCUGCGCGCCGUGGACCACUGCACACAGAGGCCCGCGCGCGUGUGCCGCCGCGGCCGCGGCGCGCUGCUGGCGCUGGCCGCCGCCGGGCUCGUGCCCGCCCGCGCGGCCAUGGCCCCGCUGGGUGGCGAGUACGGCUUCCUCACGGAGUUCAGCGACGUCGUGUCCGAGGACACAGCACGUGCACGGGUCCGUGAGAUGAUGGAGAAGUUCGCGGUGCGCGAGUUCCAGUUCUACAACGCUUUUGAGGGCUUCUCGAGGCCGCCUGGACAGCACCUCGAGCGCUGGCACUGCACCUUCAGCGAGCAGGUAUCGCGGAAUAUCCUUCGCGCCUACACGGAGGAGAUCGCCAACCUGGGAGGGCGGUCGUGGCUGCUGCUGCAGAUGAUGGCCGUCGACGUUGGCGACUCCGCGAGGCUGCAGCGCGUCGCCUCCCUGGGCCACAAGGUGGUCAACCGCCGCUGCGCCGCGGAUCCUCGACGUGGUGGUGCCCACCCCCGUCCUCGCGGACGCGGUCGUGCCCGCCUGGGCAGAGUUUGCGGCCUCCCUGAACUUCUCCGGCAUCCACUGGAG